CAUAGGAAUAAACUAUGAGCAGAUCAGUAGCACAUUGAAUUCAACGUCAACUUGUCCGUACUGUGCUACAAUUUCAGUUGUUACAACAUGGAACGAGCAUUUUCGAUAUUUGUGGUCGUCUCGAUGACCGUCAUUGGGGUGGCAUUAUGCGACCGAUUACAAUGUAAAGAUUCGAAUGGAAAACCGGUUGACUGGUUUACGGCUAUCAAACUGCCAAAACUCGAUUCGGACUUGUCGGAUGGAACCGUUUACGUCUAUAUGGACGCAAAGAACCAGGAGUGGACAUACUUUACAGGGAUCAUAACCGAAAAGUCAGCUAUCGGACACACGGUAUCCCAGAUGUACACGACCGAUAAAGCUUAUAACGAGUCGAUAAUAUGGAUGGUAUAUAACGAUGAACCGACAAACGGUCCAGUGUCGUCCUCGAAGGGCCACUCCAAAGGUGUAGUGGUAGCCGAAAGCAGUUCGGGUUUAUGGUUAGUGCACAGCGUGCCCUUAUUUCCGCAGCUACCUUACCAAAACAAUACGUACAUGUAUCCCAACACCGGUGUUAAAAACGGCCAAAGUUUUCUGUGCAUGUCCAUGAAGGCUGCGGAACUGGAUAAGGUAGGCGAUCAAUUAAUCAAAAACGAGGUGAUGAUAUACGGCAGUCACUUCGGAGGUGAUCUGAAAUCCACGUACCCGGGUUUGUAUAACGCCACUCUGCCGCACAAAAUGCCAAAAGUGAAAAAUGAUGAACCAAGGUUACAGACUCUUCUCUCUAUUGAGGGCGUAGAGUUCUCGUCCAUUGCUAAGAGCAGGCACUUUGGAAAAGAUUUAUAUGAAGACUUUAUCACACAAGAGGCACAGUCAAAUCUGUACACAGAGACUUGGUUGAAUUCUCGUGACAAAUUAAAGUCGGCAUGUUCUGGUCAAUACAAGACUAUGAACAUUCAGUCGUUGACCAUGAAUAAAAUAAAAGGGUUGAAUGAUGUAUCAUUCAAGUCAUCCUUGGAUCAUUCCAAAUGGGCUGUGACUGAGGAGAGUUCUGUACACUGGACUUGCAUUGGUGACAUAAAUCGAGCUGAACACCAGGGGGAACGCGGAGGUGGAACAGUAUGCAUAAAAUUAAAGCCUAUAUGGACCCAAUAUCAACAACUAGUAUCAAGUAUUGAAAAAUGCUAAUCCUAGUGCUAUAAUUAUGUGAAUCUUGUCUAAGUAUUACUAUUAUUAAAAAUGUCAUUGUUAUGUAUUUUAUUUCUUAAGUAUAUUCAAUGUACUCGUUCAAAGUUCUGAGCAGAGCGAUGAAUUUAUUAUUGAUUUUAUAAUGAUUAUGUGUGUACCUACCUUAUAUGUUAUAUGGUACAUAAUAAUAUGUAUGAUAAGAUGUUUAAAACAAUAAAAAUAUUCUUCGAUAUUUAA